CCUUCAGAACAGACGCCAUUUUGUAUCGCAAUGGUAGGCAAAGCUGUCAACCGAAGACAUCGGUUUGCCAUGUGAUGUUUAUGAUCAUAGUAAUUUUGUUCGUUUUUAUUUAAAAUAAUAAAUUGAAACCACAAUGUAUGGAGGAGAAAAUGGAAAAAAGAAACCGCCAUCUCUAACUGAAAAGAAAAUGCAGCUUCCUAUUUUGUCAAUCAACACAAUGUCAGAGGGACAACUGAGGGACUUUAUUCCCAAACUGUUAACAAUGGUUAAAAGUAGUAUGGAAGACAAGACAGGAAAACCAGAUUGGUGGCCUAGUGACCUUCCAUGGUCAGAUACACAGACACAUAUUAAAUAUCAUCAGGCUUCAUGGGCAGAUACCCUAAGGAAUGUGGUUAGAUGUUGUUACAGACAUCUUGGCCAGGAGAAGUUGCUACAAGAAAGCUCUAAAGACAAGAUAAAGACUAGUUACAAUUCUACUUUCCCAGUUACAAUAUCACCAUCCUUGUUGGAAUGUUUACAACAAAGUACAAUUGUUUCGGAGAAGAAAGUGGUAAAGGAAACAAGGAGAAGAUAUUCUGAGAUUUUUAUCUGCUUUUUCUGUGAAAAGGAAUUUUGCAAUAAAUCUGAGAUGAGAGCACACCAGAUGAUAUGUGAAGAAAGACCACCACAGUUACUUGUAGUGCCCUCUCCACCAAGAGACUUGAGCCCUAAAGAGGGCAAUCUUCCACCUCCCAUAAGCCCAGCCAAAAUGCACUUGAGUGAAAGCUUUGCUAGAAUUUCAAAAGACAGAUUUGUCCAAGCCAUAGGAAUGGUGCAGAAACAAAAAGCUGCCAAAAUAAUAGCUCGAAAUCGUUGUAGUAGUAUGGACAUUGACUGUAAUCUUGAUUUUGAGGAACCAGAAACUCCCAUAUCUCCACCUACACCAAGAACGCCUAAAUCCCUUAUGUCUCAGCUGAGCAAAGAUGAUGGACUCUCAGCAUCAAGAAAACGUUUGAGUUAUUCAAAUAAUGAUGGAGAUAUCAAUGACAAGGAAAGUGUGAAAAGUUCUGAUAGCAAUGAUGAAGAGAGGCCAUCUCAUGUUAACAAAUCGUUAAUGAACAUAGAUGUAUCCUCUCUGCUUGGUCAGCGCAUUGUUAAAUAUAUGAAGGAUGAAACAAAUUUGGUUAUUGUUAAAGAUUCCGAAUCCUUCUGCCGAACACCAGAUAAAAAUGAAUAUUAUGAUAAAUUAAGGCAUAGGUCAAACCAAUAUCCAAUUUUUUAUCGACCAAGAAAAAGUUUUGAUGUGCUGUAUUCACAUCAGUUUAAAUUUUCAAGAAAGCAAAGAAAGAAAGCAUCAAACAAAGUUCCUAUCAAAAAGAUAAAGCACAAGAAAACAGAAUACAAGCCUCCGACAUGCAACGUGGCUCUUAAAAGAUUGACUAAAGCAGAUCUUAAAAAAUGGCUUCCCAAACGGGAUGUUAAAAGUAUAACAGAUGAGAUCUUCUUUGAUGAGAACAAUAAUGAUUUGUUUCCAAAGAUUCCUAUACUGCAUUCAAAAGAGUGUGAUAAACUAUUAGGUUUAAAGAAAAGGUCGCUGAAGAGACUUAAUUCAAUGGAUCCACUUUCACUUACAAAUGUUGUAUCAGAAGAUGAAAGUGCUGAAAUAUCUAAGCAGAAACUUACAUUAUAUCGGUGUUUGUUGUCAGAAAUAAAUGAACUGACUCCUUUUCUAUCUGUGAAAAGAGUGAAAAGCACUAAACCAGUAUUUGGCAAGAAGGAAGAAAAACCCAAACCUAGGUGGAGUUCCAGUAAAUAUAAACAAUUUAAAAGUAUGAAAAGUAAGAGUGAUCAGAGUCAAAUUUCAUGGCUAAAAAGUGAGACAGCUCUAGCACAGGUUGUUGUUGAGCAACAAUUGUCAAAUUUUCUUAGUGAUAGGGUAAGUCCAACAAGGUCUGUUGAUGAUUUUACAGUCAAGAGAAAUGGUGAGGAUAAUAUUUCUAUUCUAUCCCUGUCCAUGUCUUCUGAUGAUGAAUCUUAUAACUCUGCGUGCUGUUCAGAAUGUAGAAGAAAGAAAAGAUGUAUGUGUUCCCCGCUCUCUGUCUCCUCUCCUCCAAAUGUUCCCAGUAACCAGUCUUGUGGUGUCAAGUUGGAAAACAGUCCACCAGCAGCUGGUCAAUGUCUCAGGGAAAUAUUUAACACUAAAGAUAUAUCUAAUCUAACAACAGUUCCAUGUGGUAUGUGUAAUAGUGUCGAUUCAAGUAAGAAUGAAAAUGAUUUAAUUCUGAACUCUUUGCCUUCACCACCUCCUUCAACACAGAAGAAAUCUCAAAGUUCAAGAUUUUCAGAUACAAGUAGUGAAGGACAGUCUACAGACUUGGAGAAUAAUUUGACCAUUAAAAGAUCUUCACCAUACAAGUUACGAAUUUCUUCACCAAGAAAAUCAUAUCCAGACUUUGAAGUGUACAUGCAAAGGAAGAUACAAACGACAGCUCUUGGGGAGCGUAUAAACAAUCACUGCAAUCAGAAUGAUACAGUUAAUAAAACACAAAAAGUUGACCUUGCUUUGACAAAUAAACCCCAGAAAAUUGUGUCAUCUGCAUCUCAGCCUGAGAUUGAUGUCUUGCGCAGGUCAAAGAGAAUCAGAUCUCCAUCAUCAUCAUCAUUAUGUAAUGAUAGUCCUGCUAAACUUAGAAGGUUAGAAACCAGAUAAGUGUUUAUAGUGAAGUACAGUUGAUAUAGUCCUACAGAAUUUGGUGCAUUUGUAAUCAUAUGCUUAUAGUCUCCAUUUCAUUGUAUUUUAAUGUUUAAAUGUAAAUGUAUAAGUAGUACUUAUACGUAUGGUGUAAUUUUUAGUUUACAUUUGUAUCUCAAAAAACAGUUCAUCUAUGGUAAAGGCCCUACCUCAUCAUGUUUAAGGUGUUCACAGAUACACACAUACAUAUAUAUACACAAAAGUCUCCACUUUUUCACAGAAAUGAAAUGUACACAUGUAUUUUAUUCAUUCAGUUGUGAUUUUUCUUUCUUUAUACAAAUGAUAUGGUAUGAAAGUAUAAAUUUUGAGUGUCAGAAUAAGUUUAAUUGCUCUCAGAAAGAUGUAAUGAAUGAAAUCUAUAAACAUGAUAAAGAGGUUUGCAAACCACAUUUAUACCCUUCCAUGCUUACAAUUGUACUGACCACAUGUUAUUAUAAAUCAUCCCACCUCUUUCAAACAUUUUUUUUAAAGUUUGUCAUUUCCCAUGUCCCUGGAAACAAAAAAAAGUAUUUCGCUUUUACCUAUAUAUUACCUUAAUAGAACUAAAGUCACUGUGGUUCAUUUAAUUAACUUCAAAACUAAGUAAGGAUGCAGACCAACUGUCAUUCAUUCAUUUUAAACUAGUUUUAAUUUCAAACUAAACCAUCUUUUGAAAUUCAUAGUACUUUACUCAUAGAAGUGCAAGUCUUAGCUUGAAAACUGUACAUCCUUUAAGAAAUUUCAGUCAUUAUGAAAACAUGUAAAAAAAAAAUAAGAUAAAAAUACAGUACUUUUAAUAGUAAUGUUGUACUUUUAGUUAAAGUUGUGCAGAACAUCACAAAUAUUUUGAGUAAAUUGAUUUUGUUGCUAAAUAUAUUUAGAUCUAAAUGAAAAGUGUCAAAUGUUAAGUUAGUAUUCAGUUUUGUUGUCUUCUUUUUGUAGAAAUAACAAAUAAGUGAAAGCUGAUUUGUUUUC